AUGCUUAUCUUAAUAUUCGUCUUCAUCGGCUAUCUCGGCUGUAGAACCCUCUAUCGUCUGUACUGGCACCCUCUUCGUCGCUUCCCUGGUCCCAAACUCGCUGCCACCUCGAGAAUGUACGAGUUCUACCACAACGUGGUACAUAAUGGCAGAUAUCUUUGGAAGAUUGAAGAGCUUCAUAAGCAAUAUGGAUCAAUCCUCCGUGUGGGCCCCAACGAGCUUCAUAUCAGCGACCCUACCUACUUUUCUGAGAUAUAUGCAGGAAACAGCAGAAAGCGAGGCAAGGACAAAUACUGGCUUCGGAUGUUGAUAACUCUGUCAGACAGCAUCGCGGCCACUGGCGAGCAUGACCUGCAUCUAAAACGGCGGAAUCAUCUCCUUCGACACUUCUCGAAGAAGUCAGUCAUGGAAAUAGAGCCCCGUAUCAAACCGUCAAUUGAAAAGACUAUGAAGAUCCUUGAGCAGAAGGGCAAUUCUGGUGAGAUCUUCGCCAUCGACUCGCUUUUAAUUGCGAUGGGUACCGAUGUUAUCUCGGAGUACAUCUUCGGCAAUCCCUUGGGCUUUUUGGACAACCCCGGACUCAACAAUACAUUGAGAGAUGUUCUUCAUUCUAUGAGCCAUUAUGGUCCCUUAAUGACAUUCAUCCCUUUCGGCGACAAAUUGCGCUACAUCGUUCCUACCUCUCUGCUCGCUCGCCUGUCCUCACAUAUCCGGGUCAUCUUAGAGAACGAACGCUUGAUCCGGGAUAUCUGUGCCCGAGGAAUGCAAUCCCUCAGCGCCUCCAAGAAGUCUACCUUAUUCAGUUCAUUGAACGAUCCUAAAAUCCCAUUGUCGGAGAGGUCUUUGGACCGCGUCACAGCAGAGAGCAUUCUGUUCUUGCUGGGGGGACUGAAACCACGGGUCACCAUGUUUCAUCUGCUGAGUGAUCAAACCGUUUUCCUGAAGCUGCGUGAUGAGGUAAAACAGGUUCUGGUGCAUCCAACAGACUACCCCAGUUGGACUGCCCUGGAAGCUCUCCCGUACUUGCGAGCGGUAAUCCAAGAAGGGCUCCGGCUAGCUCUUGUUGUUGUCAAUCGGCUCGCUCUCGUUGCAACAGAGGAGACUCUAGUAUAUAAAGACUGGGAGAUUCCACCAGGAACGGCGGUCGGCCAAUCAAUGUGGUUUGUCCAUAUGAACGAAGAAAUCUACCCCGAGCCGCGCAAAUUUAAGCCCGAACGCUGGUUAUCGGCCGAAAAACAGGGUCGGCCUUUGGAAAAAUACUUCGUCCCCUUUCUCCAAGGUGCGCGAGAUUGCAUGGGUAAAAAUCUUGCCUAUGCAGAAUUGUAUGUGACUGUUGCCCUGUUAGUCCGACGAUUUGACAUGGAAUUAUACGAGACAGGCCUGCCGGACGUCAUGCCCUACCGAGACGGCGUCAUUACUCAUCAAGCUGAUGGCAGUCAGGGAGUACGCGUUAGGGUGACUAAGAUGUUGACCGAGUGA